AUGAAGGCUGAAGCUGACAAGAAGAAGGCUGACGAGGAUGCCAAGAAAAAGGCCGAGGCUGACAAGAAGGCCGAGGCUGACAAGAAGGCUGAAGCUGACAAGAAGAAGGCUGACGAAGCUGACAAUAAGAAGGCUGACGAAGAUGCCAAGAAGGCUGAAGCUGACAAGAAGGCUGAAGCUGACAAGAAGAAGGCUGACGAAGCUGACAAGAAGAAGGCUGACGAAGCUGACAAGAAGAAGGCCGAGGCUGACAAGAAGGCUGAAGCUGACAAGAAGAAGGCUGACGAAGAUGACAAGAUGAAGGCUGAAGCUGACAAGAAGAAGGCUGACGAAGCUGACAAGAAGAAGGCCGAGGCUGACAAGAAGGCUGAAGCUGACAAUAAGAAGGCUGACGAAGAUGCCAAGAAGGCUGAAGCUGACAAGAAGAAGGCUGAAGCUGACAAGAAGAAGGCCGAGGCUGACAAGAAGGCUGAAGCUGACAAGAAGAAGGCUGACGAAGCUGACAAGAAGAAGGCUGAAGCUGACAAGAAGAAGGCUGACGAAGAUGCCAAGAAGAAGGCCGAGGCUGACAAGAAGGCUGAAGCUGACAAGAAGAAGGCUGACGAAGAUGACAAGAUGAAGGCUGAAGCUGACAAGAAGAAAGCUGACGAGGAUGCCAAGAAAAAGGCCGAGGCUGACAAGAAGGCUGAAGCUGACAAGAAGAAGGCUGACGAAGCUGACAAGAAGAAGGCUGAAGCUGACAAGAAGAAGGCUGACGAGGAUGCCAAGAAAAAGGCCGAGGCUGACAAGAAGGCUGAAGCUGACAAGAAGGCUGAAGCUGACAAGAAGACGGCUGACGAAGAUGCCAAGAAGAACGCCGAGGCUGACAAGAAGAAGGCUGACGAAGAUGCCAAGAAGAAGGCCGAGGCUGACAAGAAGGCUGAAGCUGACAAGAAGAAGGCUGACGAAGCUGACAAGAAGAAGGCUGAAACUGACAAGAAGAAGGCUGACGAAGAUGCCAAGAAGAAGGCCGAGGCUGACAAGAAGGCUGAAGCUGACAAGAAGAAGGCUGACGAAGAUGACAAGAUGAAGGCUGAAGCUGACAAGAAGAAGGCUGACGAGGAUGCCAAGAAAAAGGCCGAGGCUGACAAGAAGGCCGAGGCUGACAAGAAGGCUGAAGCUGACAAGAAGAAGGCUGACGAAGCUGACAAUAAGAAGGCUGACGAAGAUGCCAAGAAGGCUGAAGCUGACAAGAAGGCUGAAGCUGACAAGAAGAAGGCUGACGAAGCUGACAAGAAGAAGGCUGACGAAGAUGCCAAGAAGGCUGAAGCUGACAAGAAGGCUGAAGCUGACAAGAAGAAGGCUGACGAAGCUGACAAGAAGAAGGCUGACGAAGCUGACAAGAAGAAGGCCGAGGCUGACAAGAAGGCUGAAGCUGACAAGAAGAAGGCUGACGAAGAUGACAAGAUGAAGGCUGAAGCUGACAAGAAGAAGGCUGACGAAGCUGACAAGAAGAAGGCCGAGGCUGACAAGAAGGCUGAAGCUGACAAUAAGAAGGCUGACGAAGAUGCCAAGAAGGCUGAAGCUGACAAGAAGAAGGCUGAAGCUGACAAGAAGAAGGCCGAGGCUGACAAGAAGGCUGAAGCUGACAAGAAGAAGGCUGACGAAGCUGACAAGAAGAAGGCUGAAGCUGACAAGAAGAAGGCUGACGAAGAUGCCAAGAAGAAGGCCGAGGCUGACAAGAAGGCUGAAGCUGACAAGAAGAAGGCUGACGAAGAUGACAAGAUGAAGGCUGAAGCUGACAAGAAGAAAGCUGACGAGGAUGCCAAGAAAAAGGCCGAGGCUGACAAGAAGGCUGAAGCUGACAAGAAGAAGGCUGACGAGGAUGCCAAGAAAAAGGCCGAGGCUGACAAGAAGGCCGAGGCUGACAAGAAGAAUGCUGACGAAGCUGACAAGAAGAAGGCUGACGAAGAUGCCAAGAAGAAGGCCGAGGCUGACAAGAAGGCUGAAGCUGACAAGAAGAAGGCUGACGAAGAUGACAAGAAGAAGGCUGACGAAGAUGCCAAGAAGAAGGCCGAGGCUGACAAGAAGGCUGAAGCUGACAAGAAGAAGGCUGACGAAGAUGGCAAGAUGAAGGCUGAAGCUGACAAGAAGGCUGAAGCUGACAAGAAGGCUGAAGCUGACAAGAAAAAGGCUGACGAAGAUGCCAAGAAGAAGGCCGAGGCUGACAAGAAGGCUGCAGCUGACAAGAAGAAGGCUGACGAAGCUGACAAGAAGAAGGCUGAAGCUGACAAGAAGAAGGCUGACGAGGAUGCCAAGAAAAAGGCCGAGGCUGACAAGAAGGCUGAAGCUGACAAGAAGGCUGAAGCUGACAAGAAAAAGGCUGACGAAGAUGCCAAGAAGAAGGCCGAGGCUGACAAGAAGGCUGAAGCUGACAAGAAGAAGGCUGACGAAGAUGCCAAGAAGGCUGAAGCUGACAAGAAGGCUGAAGCUGACAAGAAGAAGGCUGACGAAGCUGACAAGAAGAAGGCUGACGAAGAUGCCAAGAAGGCUGAAGCUGACAAGAAGGCUGAAGCUGACAAGAAGAAGGCUGACGAAGCUGACAAGAAGAAGGCUGACGAAGCUGACAAGAAGAAGGCCGAGGCUGACAAGAAGGCUGAAGCUGACAAGAAGAAGGCUGACGAAGAUGACAAGAUGAAGGCUGAAGCUGACAAGAAGAAGGCUGACGAAGCUGACAAGAAGAAGGCCGAGGCUGACAAGAAGGCUGAAGCUGACAAUAAGAAGGCUGACGAAGAUGCCAAGAAGGCUGAAGCUGACAAGAAGAAGGCUGAAGCUGACAAGAAGAAGGCCGAGGCUGACAAGAAGGCUGAAGCUGACAAGAAGAAGGCUGACGAAGCUGACAAGAAGAAGGCUGAAGCUGACAAGAAGAAGGCUGACGAAGAUGCCAAGAAGGCUGACGAAGAUGACAAGAUGAAGGCUGAAGCUGACAAGAAGAAGGCUGACGAGGAUGCCAAGAAAAAGGCUGAAGCUGACAAGAAGGCUGAAGCUGACAAGAAGAAGGCUGACGAAGAUGCCAAGAAGAAGGCUGAAGCUGACAAGAAGGCUGAAGCUGACAAGAAGAAGGCUGACGAAGAUGCCAAGAAGAAGGCCGAGGCUGACAAGAAGGCUGAAGCUGACAAGAAGAAGGUUGACGAAGCUGACAAGAAGAAGGCUGAAGCUGACAAGAAGAAGGCUGACGAAGACGCCAAGAAGAAGGCCGAGGCUGACAAGAAGGCUGAAGCUGACAAGAAGAAGGCUGACGAGGAUGCCAAGAAAAAGGCCGAGGCUGACAAGAAGGCCGAGGCUGACAAGAAGGCUGAAGCUGACAAGAAGGCUGAAGCUGACAAGAAAAAGGCUGACGAAGAUGCCAAGAAGAAGGCUGAAGCUGACAAGAAGGCUGAAGCUGACAAGAAGAAGGCUGACGAAGAUGACAAGAUGAAGGCUGAAGCUGACAAGAAGAAGGCUGACGAGGAUGCCAAGAAAAAGGCUGAAGCUGACAAAAAAGCUGAAGCUGACAAGAAAAAGGCUGACGAAGAUGCCAAGAAGAAGGCUGAAGCUGACAAGAAGGCCGAGGCUGACAAGAAAGCUGAAGCUGACAAGAAGAAGGCUGACGAAGAUGACAAGAUGAAGGCUGAAGCUGACAAGAAGAAGGCUGACGAGGAUGCCAAGAAAAAGGCUGAAGCUGACAAAAAAGCUGAAGCUGACAAGAAGAAGGCUGACGAAGCUGACAAGAAGAAGGCUGACGAAGAUGCCAAGAAGAAGGCCGAGGCUGACAAGAAGGCUGAAGCUGACAAGAAGAAGGCUGACGAAGCUGACAAGAAGAAGGCUGACGAAGAUGCCAAGAAGAACGCCGAAGCUGACAAGAAGAAGGCUGACGAAGAUGCCAAGAAGAAGGCUGAAGCUGACAAGAAGAAGGCUGACGAGGAUGCCAAGAAAAAAGGCUGA